AUGAGUGCCCCUACUGAAAGGGAACGUUUAGGCAAUGAUAAAGUGACAGAGGUUCAGCCAACCGAACUACUUGACGUCGCGGGUAUUGAACGUCGACACGUGCAACAGGUGUACGAUGAUAUUGCAACACAUUUCUCGGCAACUCGCUACAAGGCGUGGCCAAGGGUGCGCGCCUUUAUCGAGUCGCUGCCGAGAUAUGCCGCUGUGGUAGAUGUUGGCUGUGGGAACGGCAAAUACUUUUCUUGCGCACAAAACUUUAUGGCGGCAACUUCUAAUGCUCCAGACGACGGGGCAAACGAAGAGGGACAAACAGGCCCCGCGUAUCGGUUCGUUGCCGGCGUUGAUUUUAGUGAGAGGCUUCUCCGGUUAGCACUGAACCAACUGGACCACGAAGCAAGCGAGACUUCGCCGUCGUCUUCACGGUCGCUUGGGACUCGCGGUCGCACCGAACUUCUUCUUGCUGAUGCCCGUCGUACAGCGUUUCGCAACGGAGCAUUUGAUGCAGCGAUUAGCAUUGCGGUUGUUCAUCAUUUCGCUACACACGAACGGCGCCUCGACGCUGUUCGCGAGCUGUUGAGGCUUGUACGGCCAGACGGUCUCAUUUUGAUCUAUGUCUGGGCGAAGGAACGGCCGGAAAAGCGUCCAAGGAGUGGUGCAUCAGACGUGUUUAUCCGCUGGGAGAUGCAUGAGGCGCACGACCCUGAGCGACGUGUGCACCACCGAUAUUAUCACCUCUUUGGAGAAGGUGAAUUGGAACGCCUUGUGGAGGAAGCGGGUGGUGUUGUGCGGGAGUCGUAUUUCGACAAGGAAAACUGGUGCGUUGUGCUGCAGAAGAGUAAGAGGGGUGAACAGUGA